AUGGACAUUACAACUUUCGUGGUCCAAGGACGCGACAAGGCUCUUCUAUAUGUUCACCUUCUUUUGCUCACCAGCGAGCGCGCAUGGGCGCAAGCCAUGGGCAUGAAAUCCUCUCACGCGUCCGACGACAAGGGGCUCAACAGCCACGCUCGAUCUCACGUUGUCUCUCGACUCACCAAAGCCGCUCGUGCAGCUGAGGAGCUCGUCGAAGCGCUCGGUGCGACCGACGAGUCUGGCGCGUCCACGACCGAUGUCCUCGAGGCUCAAGCCUAUGCAGCUAUGAUUCAAGCUGCUAUGUGUUUCGAGAAGCAUAGUUGGGAGGCAUGCCUACGCAAUUACGCUACCGCUUGGGUCGUAUACAGUGCGCUGCAGUCUUCCACCAAAACCGAUAUCUACAAGGAGCUUCUUUCGGAGACUAUCGAUCCAUCGAUUCGCUACGCCGCUUACCAGCUGAAAACUCCUCGAACCACCCCAAUCCCCGUCAUCGCGCACAAAGCCUUUCCUCAAUCCGACAGUGCAUUGGUCGAGAACGUCAAUCAGCUCGAUCCUACCAUCUUGAAGCAGGCGGACGCAUCUCAGGACGCGAAAGACGGCGAAAGCAUUCCCCAGACGCUGACAUGGAGGUCUCGAGAAGUCAAGAUCGAGGACGCGCAGAUUGCCGAGGCCUGGGCCGCCGUGAUACAAGCAAAGAAGACAUUGUCGGAGAAGGUCAAAGAAAUCGACGAUGAUCAUCACUUUGAGAAGGCUGCUGCGUACGAUGAGAUCCUUGCCGCGACUGGCGAUGCCGUCGAUGCAACGAAAACCGCUAUCGAUGAGCUACGCGCCGAAGGGGUCGGCUCAGGCGAUCCCCGCAUGCAAAGUCUACAGAUCACACGCACCGCUGUGAACUAUGAGAUGGUCAGCUGGCGAAUCGGCCGCAACCGCGUUCUGACGGGCGGCGAUGAUGGCGCCGCAGAGCGCUACGGACACGGCAGGAGGCGGAGAAACAAGGCCAAGGCCAAGGAUGAGCCUCUCAAGGAUGAAAGAGAGCUGCCAACUUCGAAGAAACUCCACAAGCUCAAGGAAAAGGUGGCACUGUAUGACGGAACACUUCAAAACUUGCGGACUAUCAAGGAAUUGCCCGGUGUGGCGGCGGAUGAGGAACUGGCGGCCAAGCUCGAUGCUUCCGUUAAGUACUUUGAAGCACUCUCCAACCUCUCUAUUGCCCGCUCCCACUCACUGGUGGGCAACGUCACGAAUGCUCUUGCUCUCAUCAACCACUCUCUCAAACUCAGCGAGCAGGCUUCGAGCCGGAUGCCCAACCUCGCACAUGAUCCAACAAGGCCAGUGAACGUUGACGUGUCCGCCGAAUCGAUUGCGAGCCUCUCGGCGCUGCUGACCGGGGAACUCCAGCGCCACCGUGCCAUCGUUCACAUCGACAACAUCCGCAAGGAAGAGAUCGCAAACGCUCACUCAGGCUCGGCACCUUCAGCGGCCAAAGUCCCUCUUGUGGAUCGUCUCUACGACUAUCCCAUAGGAGGCGUCGACUUGGCCAACGUUGUCGAGUUUCCGCCCAAAAGGGCCCUCAUUCCCGUCAAGCCCAUCUUCCUGGACGUCGCUUGGAAUUACAUUGGAUAUCCUGGCAAGGAUCCGUUGGCCGCAUCCGAUGUCAAGGCCCAGAGUGCGCCGUCUGCAACGGGCGAACAGGUGGAGCAGAAGCCAGAAGAGAAGCAAUCCGCCAAGAGAGGUUGGUUUGGCUUUGGCCGGUCGUAG